AUGUCUGAUACUAUCUCCCUUGGAAGAUACCUUUUCGAGAGACUCCACCAAGAGCCAAUUGGCUUGCAAUCGAUCUUCGGAGUUCCUGGCGACUUCAACUUGACACUUCUUGACAAGAUUGAUGAAGUCGACAACUUGACCUGGAAAGGCUGUGCCAACGAAUUGAACGCUGCUUAUGCCACUGACGGUUACUCGAGGGUGAGAAGUAACGCAAAGGGCGAGGAACUUGGUUUCGGUGCUCUCAUCACAACCUUUGGUGUUGGAGAGCUCAGCGCUCUUAAUGGUGUUGCCGGCUCUUAUGCUGAGCAUGUUGGUAUGCUUCACAUUGUUGGUAUCCCAUCCCUUGAUGCUCAAAGGAAGCAGUUGUUGUUGCACCACACCUUGGGUAACGGUGACUUCACUGCAUUUGGUAAUAUGUCCAAGGCUAUCACUCAAACCCAGGGUAUUCUUGAUGAUGGUGCCAAUGCUCCUUCUGUCAUAGACAGGGUCAUAAGGGAGGCUUACAUCAACCAGAGACCUUCCUAUUUGGCUUUCCCAAGUAACAUGGUUGACGUGCAAGUCCCCAAGAAGCUCUUGGAUGAGCCAAUUGAUUUGCUGAUUCCUGAGAACGACCAGGAUGCCCAAGAAGAGGUGUUGGAGAUCGUGUUAGAUUUGAUCAGUAAGGCCAAGAACCCUGUUAUAAUCAUCGAUGCUUGCUGCUCCAGGCACAAUGCAAGCAGCGAGGCGGCCAAGUUGAUCGAGGUUACUGGGUUCAAGUACGCUUCUACCCCUAUGGCCAAGGGAACGAAAAACAUUGACGAAAGUGGCAAGCGCUUCACCGGUGUCUACGUUGGUUCAUUGUCGUAUCAAGAUGUCAAGGAGUCUGUUGAGGAUUCUGACCUAGUUCUUUCCAUUGGUGCCUUGUUGAGUGACUUUAACACUGGUUCUUUCUCGUACUCCUUGAGCAAAAAUGCUGUUGAAUUCCACUCCGAUCACACCAAGAUCAGAAGUGCCCACUACCCAAACGUCAGAAUGAAGGAGCUUCUUGGAAAGCUCAUUGAGCAUCCCAAAUUGAAGGAUGCCACCUCCCAUUAUACUCCGGUCGACAUUGUUAAGAACCCAUUCAAGGCCGAGGACCCUGACAAGAGUGGAAAGAUCACCCAAAAGUGGUUCUGGCAUCGUUUGUCUGACUUCUUGAAACCUUCGGACAUCGUUAUCACCGAAACUGGUACCUCGUCAUUCGGAGUUAUUCAGACAAGAUUCCCAAAGAACGUGUCGGGUAUUUCACAGGUGCUCUGGGGAUCGAUUGGUUACACUGUGGGAUCUACCUUCGGUGCUGCCACUGCUGCUGCCGAAGCCGACCCUAAUAAAAGAGUAAUUCUAAUCGUUGGCGAUGGUUCCCUUCAGUUGACGGUGCAAGAGAUUUCCUCUAUGAUAAGACACAAGUUGACGCCAUACCUCUUCGUGAUUAACAAUGAUGGCUACACCAUUGAGAAGUUGAUUCAUGGUCCUGACGCUGAGUACAACCAGAUCCAACCUUGGAAGCAUCAGUUGCUCUUGCAGGCGUUUGGUGCUACGAAUUACGAAUCAUUGCAAGUUUCAGAGUCGUCUGAGCUCGACAAGCUCUUAAAAGAUGAAAAGUUUGCCAAGAACGACAAGAUUAGGCUUAUAGAGCUCAUGAUGGAUGAGAAAGAUGCCCCAGAGAAUCUUGUGAAGCAAGCUGAAAUCUCAAGCAAAACCAACUCUGGUUAG